GUAGUUUUCUUUUCUGUUGAUGAAUCUUGUUAUAUUUUUCAAUUGAAAACACGUUUAAUCCAACACACUUAGUCACAUAUCACCCAAAAAAUUUCUUUUUCAUAGAUAGUGGUUUCACAUAGAUAGAUAGUCACAUACCACCACCCUAAUUGGAGGCACAUAAAGUAUAACAAUUUAUCAAAAAAACACAGCGAAAAUUUGCAAAAGAUUCCGUGCCCAUAUUUGACGGUGACCGCCGGCAAUACUUUAUAGAGGAAAAGCUCGACCGUCGAUCAAGCGAUGGACGGCAUCUGUACUGACUGUGCACCAAGGGACCAAUGUACUGAUCAAUAUCGCGAGUACUAACGCGUACUAAUAUUCUCCCAUUGGGACUUGUUUGCGUCACGUUCUGGCAAACGCAAUUACGCAAUAGAUACAGAGAGAGAGAGGAGGAGAGUUGGACACAAAUACCGUUCUCCUUCCAGCCCCAAUUCGUUGCUAUAAAAUCCCCCAACUGCAACCUUUGAAAAUCAACGACAGAGGGAAAAGGAAAUAGAAGAGAACCAAGUCUUCGUUGCGAUCGUCUCAUCGGUUUCUCCUCUUUCCGUUGAAUAUCUUCUACAGAAACCAUGUCUCAGACCGUUGUGCUCAAGGUUGGAAUGUCCUGCGGGGGAUGCUCCGGGGCUGUGAAAAGGGUGUUGACCAAAAUGGAAGGGGUGGAGUCUUUUGACAUUGACAUGGAGCAGCAGAAAGUUACCGUGAAGGGAAAUGUGCAGCCGGAUGCGGUGUUCCAGACUGUGUCUAAAACUGGGAAGAAGACUGCAUUCUGGGAAGAAGCAGAAACAAAGCCCGCCGAGACAACCGAGGCUGCACCUGCUGCUCCUGCUCCUGCUCCUGCAGAAACAAAGCCUGCCGAGACCAAGACGGAGACUACUGUUACUGCUGCAUAGAUUGCUGGUCUGACUAAUAAUACAGUAGAGUUUAUUUACCUUGCCAUGGAAGUCGGGUUUCUGUACGGUUUGAUGAUGAAUGUGUUGUACUACUAAUGCUCUAUAGUGGUAGAUGUAAGCGGUACCCGUUGAUGAAAUGUAAGGGCCGACAAUAAUCGCCUCAGUUCUAUCUUUUUACGGUCUGAAGUUUGGGUUUUUGUUGUGAAGCAACGAUGUGUGGUGAACUAUUUCAAAUAUACUUGUUUGGGUUUG